GCCGAUGGCGGCGCCCGCCGUCCCCACGCCGCGAUACGAGCAUAUGGGGCCGCGCGGCCCCUACCGGGACGUGUACGAACCGGCCGAGGACACCUUCCUGCUGCUGGACGCCCUAGAGCGGGAUGCGGCCCAGCUCCGGCAGGCGGGGAUCGACGUCUGCCUUGAAAUAGGGUCUGGGUCUGGCGUGGUUUCAACAUUCCUAGCUUCCAUCAUUGGAGCCAGUGCGCUCUAUCUAUGUACAGAUAUCAAUCCUAUGGCAGCUUACUGUACACUGGAGACAGCUCAGCUGAACAAUGUUCACCUUCAGCCAGUCAUUACUGACUUGGUCAAAGGACUGUCACCAAGAUUAAAUGGGAUGGUUGAUCUACUGCUCUUUAAUCCACCAUAUGUGGUAACACCCUCUGAAGAGGUGCAAAGCCACGGAAUAGAAGCAUCCUGGGCUGGUGGCAAAAAGGGCAGAGAAGUAAUGGACAGAGUUUUUCCAUUAGUAGCAGACUUGCUUUCAACAGGAGGAUUAUUUUACUUGGUCACAAUUAAAGAAAAUAACCCAGAUGAAAUUCUGGAAACAAUGAAGAAACAUGGCUUGGAAGGCACACGACUGCUUUCCAGACAAGCAGGACAAGAGAUGCUGACCAUCCUCAAAUUUAGGAAGCCUGGAUAACUGCUUUUGUUAUAUAUACUAGGCAUGCCAAAGGUUGGAUACAGAGUACUGAAGUUGUCAAAUCAUUUUUUAAGUCAUAUUUGGACAAAGUGCAUCCUUACUUCCUCAUCAUUGCAAUGAAACUGAUCAAGACUGUCCUUACUUUUAUUCUGGAUGUCAGCCAGCUUUUAUCUGGUUGUCAGGUACAGCUGUUCUCUGGCUAGCUGCAGGAGAGUUGUAAGUGAAACUGGAAGAUACCAUAACGCAUCAUCUUUUGCACUUUGCUACUUUUACAAGUAGGAGUUUGUGUAUUUAUUUUUUUGGCUUAUUGAAAGAACGUAUGUAUUUGAUGUAAUUUGUACUGUUUUAACAGUUAGUCUGUUCCUCUGUUUGGUUUAAACGAAAAUUUGAAAUCACGUUACUCAUUUUGAUGUAAUACAAGGCACGGCUUUCAUAGAAACUGAUCUUUAAGGUGCUGUGUUAACAGAAACUUUAAAUGAUUGGUUAGCUCUUUUCAUGGGGACUAAAAUCACAAUUUUUUUGUUCAUUUGUUUUGUCAGUUACUGAGGCUUUACAAUAAUUAUUCUAUCUGACUAUGAGUGUAUAACUCGCUACAAAUCUAGGUGGCAAAAACUUGAAAGUUUUUCAUCUUUUCACACCAUAAAAGAAAUAAAAGCGUAGGGCCUGUUAGCAGAAACACACCACUACAAACCUAGCUGGACCAACCAUCUGGGGAUGAAACAUUUUAUUGCAAUGUCAUGUGAGAGACUACUUUUUGACUGAUACAGGUCAGAAGUUGAUGUUUCUCAGGCAGAAAGCUUAUUCCUUGUACUAUGCUGAAGAGCGCAGGCAGUACACAGUGGUGAUUGUUCUGCAUUCCAAGAUCACUAUUCCCCAACUCAGAAGACUAUGGAAAAACAAGAACUGCAAUUCAAUUCAAGCACAGCUAAUGCAUUACUUUCAGAUAACGUAGGUUUUCUUUUUUGUCAGUAUGUUUUUAUAUGUAUUAAUAUGAAUGUGAGCACAAACACUCAGAAGGAGAAUUUAGACAGAAGAUUCAAUUAUGCAAAGGAUAUUACCUGAUGUUUAAGUACAAGAAUCCCUAAAUAACAAAGUGAGUCUCACUGACCAAAAUGAGACUAGUUAUCUUUGAUUCUUAACUUCAGAAUACCUUGUCUAAGAAAUGCCAAAGGUGAGGAACUGAGAUGAAACUUUGUGACCACCUGUGAAAUAACAAUUCCAUAGUCUCUUUCUAGUGAUGAAUUUAAGCAAUUCAUGUUCUUGCAAUUUACCUCCUUUAGUGUAAGGAGGGGAGGUUCUCUACUCAUUGAUACUGCUUUUAUGCAGAGUUAUGGUUUUGGUGUUACAGCUGUAGUGCUGUUCAUCCUUGAGAUGGCUCUGUAGGCUUUCUGUUGUUAAUCAUUUUGACCAAAGGUUGCUGUGCAAAGAUCAUGACAUCAAAAAAACAAUUUUAUGAUGGAGUUAAAAUAUAUAAUGGAAUCAAACUGCAAGUUUAACAAAGGGAAUUUUUAAAUUCAUCUGACUCUGAGCUGUAAUUAAAGAAUUAGCAUAAAAACAGGUACUCAAAGGAGAAAAAAUGCAGUUAGCCCUCGAGCAUGUGGCUUUAAUACAAGUUAUAAAUGACAAUAAUAGAUCAGAGUACAACAUGUAAUAAAACAUAACAUGCUUUCAACAAAAACAGAUGACAAUGGACUAUCUGGCAGCUGGAUUUCUAAACAAGGAAAUAGAUGUGUCCACUUUAAUAAAUAAUGAAUCAGUUCUCCUGG